AUGCAUCCACAUUCAAGUCGCAUAAAUGAAAUUUCAUCAGCUUUCGCUUCGUCAUCAUCCUCAUCUAUUUUAUCAUUGUCAUCGUUUAGAUCUGUAUUGUCAAAUAAUAAUAAUUUAAUAUUAGCUACUGGAUCAGCAUGUUCAUCAAAUCCUGGAAUUGUAUGUAGUCAUGAUUAUUUAUUAGUGGAUGAUCGUAUACCUAAUGUUUAUGACGACAAAACAAAAUUACCAGAAGUAGAAAUGAUCAAUUCAUCAUCAUCAUCAUCAUCAUCAUCAUUAUCUUCUUCUUCUACUUCAAUCUCCUCUGGAUCCUUUUCAUUGAAUUCAAUAGAUUAUAAUAAAUUAUAUGCACCAGAUGAAUCAUAUUUAGUUGAGCAAAUUUAUGAUCCAAUCAGUAAUGUAUACGGUUUACAGUUUACAUCAAAUUGA